AUGAAGGUUUUUGUCAACUCCGCCAACGGAGAUGUUGUGACUCUUAAUGUAACUCCAAAGACCACAGUUGCCGACAUCAAGGUAAGGCUUUGAAAGUAUUUUUGCUUUUGUUUUUAGGGUUUUUGAGGAUAUUUUACAUGGAUGAUUUCAAAAUAUUAUUAUCAUUAUCGAAUUUUUCAGGCUGAUUUGGAAUGUCUCGACUCUGUCUUGACUUUCGGAGCCAAGAUCUUGGACAACGAAUCCGCUUCAUUGGAAGAACUUGAAGUAGCUGAGCUCGCCACCUUGAACUGCAGCGCCCGAUUGCUCGGAGGUAAAUUUUGAUUCUUUAAAUUUAUGUUGAAAUUUUGUCAUUUGUUUACGUAGAACUUAUUUGAAGCUUGUGAUAGAUAGUCUAGUAUAACUGUUAAGUUGUCAAUUGACGUUUUUUGAUGUAAAUUUUCUUAAGGUAAGGUUCACGGUUCCCUCGCUCGUGCCGGUAAAGUUCGUGCCCAAACCCCCAAGGUCGAGAAGCAAGAGAAGAGAAAGAAGAAGCGCGGACGUGCUUGGAGACGUCAGCAAUACAACAAACGUUUCGUUAACCAAGCAGUCCAAGGACCCGGCCGCAAGCGUGGACCAAACUCCAACAGCGCCUAG